AUGGAAUGGUUUGAAAAAUACGGCCCCAUAGUGAGCCUCAAGCAGGGCAGCGUGGAUGUGGUGAUGCUGAGCGACUACGAGCUGAUCAAAGAGCUGUUCUCAAUGCCACAACUCCAGUACCGCCCGACAACAUGGGGCCAGAGCUCCCGAGAGAAAGGUUUAACGGCACUAAAUGGAGAAGCGUGGAAGCAAAACCGGGAGUUUUCGAUGAGAGCAUUGGCUAAACUAGGAUAUGGAACGGAAGUCAUGCGUCAGUACAUUCAGGAAGAAGCUUGCUACUUGUCUGACUUCCUGGAGCGCCAACAUGGAUGCCCCGUAUCCUCGUUCCCAGUCGCGCACAAGAGCCAUAUAAACACCAUGUGUCGCUUCUUGCUGGGUUACCGCUUCGACCUCGACGAUCCGCAAUUUGUCCCGAUACACGAAGCCCUGUCGGGUUUCCGGCUACAGUCAGCUGCUGCACCAGUCGAACAUCGCGCGGCUUGGCUCCGCCGCACGAUCAUCGACCGCCUAUGGCCAAGUUCUGUAAGCGCAAGCCGUCACCGCCUGCUGACUUCACUGAACACCGUUGUAAGAGAUCUAAUUGCUCUUAAUGAAGGCAGUAACAUGGGGGAACGUGACAAGAGCUACGUUGACAUCUACAAAGCGAAAAUGCGCGAAGCGGAGAAAAAUAACAAUCCGUACUUCACAGUGGACAACCUCGCUGGUAAUAUGUGCGACAUAGUGCUGGGCUCAGCGACCAGCACUAACGUGUACCUGCAUUGGAACCUACUCAACCUCGCAAGUCGUGCCGACGAUCUACAGGCGGAGCUGCAAAGGGAGAUUGACCGCGUGGUGGGACGCAGUCGUUCACCCUGCUGGGAGGACCACAAGCGCAUGCCACUCACAAUGGCCACCAUAUGGGAAAUGUUCCGCUGGAAAGUUGCGGCGCCAUUCAACCUACCACGAGGCGUUGGCGAAGACAUGAAGUUCAAGCAGUACAGUUUGCUGAAGGAUACCGUCGUUUUCCCGAACCUCGUGGCAGUCCACAGGAACAGGAAAUUAUGGAAUGACCCGGACGCCUUUGAUCCUUCACGUUUCCUGAGAGGUGAUGGGAAAGCUCAGACGACGAGACCUGAGGGGCUGCUGACAUUUUCUGUUGGAAAGCGAAUGUGCCCUGGAGAAGCAAUGGCCAUUUCCCAGAUAUUUCUCUUCAUGACGACGCUCCUUCAUCGUUUUUGCAUCUUUCCUGUGGAUGGCGAAACGUACAGCAUUUCGCCAUUCGGGCCAUCUUUGGAACUAGCGGACACAAAGCUUCGAUUUAUUGCCCGGUCAACAGGAAGGGAAAGCCAUUGUUGAAACAAUGCGUUCUAAGAGUAAUGUCAGAACAUUACUCAGCAUUUCUAUACUGGUCUAAGCAUCUAUGUUUAUCAAAAUGCCAAGGUAGGCGCAAGUGCAUGAUCUUCAAGAACAAAUGCAUCUGCUAUUGCGUUUACGUUGCUAUGUAGGAAGGCUGAGCGCUCGGGGAUGUAUAUUUCGGAGGAAAUGAACCGUUCUCGAAAAUCAUAUGUUUGAGAUAAUAUCGUUACCGGUGUGCAGA